AUUAAGAUCGAGCCAAAGGUGUUUUUCGCCAACGAACGUACAUUUAUCAGCUGGCUCCAGUUUUGUGCUCUUUUGUUGACUGUCGCUCUCAGCUUGCUCAACUUUGGUGACAGUGUCUCGCGUAUUGCCGGUGGUAUCUUUAUUGGUAUCUCAGCAGUGGUAGCGAUCUAUGCAUUGUAUCGCUUCGAAAAGCGAGCUUGGAUGAUUAAUCGUCGUAUGCUUGGCCGCUAUGAUGAUUUGUGGGGUCCUGCCGUACUCUGCUGUCUCUUGGUUGGCGCGCUUAUUGUCAAUUUUUACCUACGUUUU